CAUAUUUUUUUCACCACGGAAAGUGAUUUGGUUCUUAAGAAAGUGUUAAAUAAUUCUUUAAACGAAUGAAAAACUGAAAAAUUUGCUAAAAUAAAAAAUAUAUCUAAGAAAAUUGUUCAAGAAACAGAAAUGAGUGAUGAAUAUAUGAUUAACGCAGAGCCGCCAGAAAAUUAUGCAGUGGCAUCUCAUUAUAGUGGCAGCAGUAGAGCAAAUGCUGACGAGGAUCGAGAAAGUUGUCGCGAUCAACGUGAUAAACAAGACCGCUCACGGUCCAGAUCAAGAGAUCGUGGACGUGAAAGGGAACGCGAUAGAGAAAAAAGUAAAAGAAAAAGAGAACGAUCAAGAGAUCGGGAUCGGGACCGGGAUCGUGAUCGUGAUCGUGAUAGGGAGAGAGAACGUGAACGUAAACGUGAAAGUCGUGAGCGGGAAAGUCGGGAUCGUGACGUAGAUCGGGAACGUCGUAAAAGAGAUAGGGAACGCGAACGGGAAGCACGGGGACGACGUAGUCGUUCUCGUACAUAUGAUGAUUACGAAAGUAGGCGAAGGCGCAGCCGCGACAGACGAAGAGAUCGUGAUCGAUCCCGUAGCCACAGUUAUGAUCGUCACGGUCGUCGUAGCCGCGAGCGCAGUCGCAGUCGUGAUCGAGGUCAUGAGCGAAGCCACGAAAGAGAACGCGGUCGUCGAAGUUUUUCAAGGGAAAAAUCUGAACGUAAUCGAUUAGAGCCCAUUAAAGAAGACGUACGCGAAACUCGUUUCGAUUUAACACAGACUAUACAAGAGUUAAUGAGCACCACAUCGUCUACGAAAAACUUUGCUGCUCUUUUCAACAAUACUAACAGCAAUGAUUCUAUUAGCAAUGGUCUCUCGGAAAACUCGCAAGAUGGCAUUGAGCGUAGACGUCGCAAAAAAUCGCGUUGGGGUGGUACCGAGAAUGAUAAAACUUUCAUACCUGGCAUGCCGACAAUAUUGCCGUCAACUUUAGAUCCCACACAGCAGGAAGCUUACUUAGUUCAAUUGCAAAUUGAGGAAAUUAGCCGCAAACUGCGCACUGGCGACCUGGGUAUACCACAAAAUCCUGAAGAAAGAUCUCCGUCACCCGAACCAAUUUAUAGUUCUGAUGGUAAGCGUUUGAAUACACGAGAAUUUCGUUAUCGUAAGAAAUUGGAAGAGCAACGUCAUCAGUUGAUUCAGAAGAUGCAAUCGGUUAAUCCGGAUUUUAAGCCUCCAUCUGAUUACAAGCCUCCGGUUACUCGAGUUAUUGACAAGGUUUUGAUACCACAAGAACAACAUCCUGAUAUUAACUUUGUGGGUCUUUUGAUUGGUCCACGUGGAAACACUUUGAAAGCAAUGGAAAAAGAAACUGGCGCCAAGAUUAUAAUACGUGGUAAAGGUUCCGUGAAAGAAGGAAAAGUAGGGCGCAAAGAUGGUCAACCUUUGGCCGGUGAAGAUGAGCCGUUGCAUGCUUUUAUCACUGCUCCAAAUCCGGAAGCCGUUAAGAAGGCUGUUGAUAAGAUUAAAGAUGUUAUACGCCAAGGUAUCGAAGUGCCCGAAGGUCAUAAUGAUUUACGUAGAAUGCAAUUACGUGAGUUAGCUCAACUUAACGGAACAUUGCGUGAAACUGAUUGCCCCCGUUGCACCAAUUGCGGCUCGACGGAACAUAAAUCUUGGCUAUGCCCAGAUAAACCGAAUAUAACCAAUAGCAUUGUUUGUACUGCCUGCGGUGGCGCCGGUCAUAUAUCCAAAGAUUGCCGCAGUAAGCGUCCUGGCGCUGUUGGUGAGCUUGGAAGCGUCGAAAAUGCUGAGAAUUCUCAAGCUAAAAUCGAUGAAGAGUAUAUGAGCCUUAUGGCCGAAUUGGGUGAAGGUCCACCUCCAUCAGCUCAACCGAAACAAAAUGCUGAUCCUUUGGCUCAAGUGCAUAUCAAUAGAGGUUACAGCAUUUUUGAUAAGAAACCGUCUGCUAUGCCAGCUAUACAAGCGCCAGUACCGAUAGGUCCGCCCACGACAGUACCGCCUUUGCCGGGUGCAAUGCUGCCAGUCGCACCACCACCGCCUAUGCCGCCGGGAUGGGGUGCGUCUAAUGGAGCUCCUGCUGUGCCGAUGCCGCCAUUAAUACCACCACCACCCAGUUCACAACCAGCCCCACCACCAACUCCACCCAUGAUGCCGUGGAUGAGCGCUGCCCAGCCGCCACCACCGGGUGGUGAUCCACCGCCUCCACCUGGCACCAGUCCUUUACAACCACCCGGUACUGGCCCAAUGCCGCCAUUAAUACCACCACCACCCGGCACGGCACCAUUGCCACCAUGGCCGCCGGCUACUAACAUAAUGCCAAGUUUCCCGGCUUGGGGACCAGCACCAGGUGCCUAUCCGCCUCCUCCUCCGCCACCUUGCGCACCUCCACCACCAGGAAUUAGAGGGCUCGCUCAACCCCCUCCUCCGCCUCCUCCGGCUAAUUAAAAACUUUCGAUACUAUUUGGUAAUUAAAACAUUUGGUUGAAAUAACAAACAAAAUCAUCAAACACAACAAAAAUAAAAACAAAAUUUUUAACAGAAAAUGUUUCUUGAAGAAGAACAUUUAUUAUCCAUGACGGUCCCCGCGCACAGGCUGAAGAAGAAGAUUUCAGUUUUCUCUCUAGCUAAUUAAAAUAUCCUGCCAUUUUCACGAUACCGUGAAUAUGUUGCUGAUAAUCAUCCACAAUGGCAAUAGUAACAUUUGUAAUAAUUAAGGUAGAAUUUUUAAGUGAGAUAAAAAGUUGUAUUACUAUAUGAAUAAUCGCUAAAGCACUUCAAUGUCCGAUAACA